AUGAUGAUAAUAGAAAAAUUAAAAAUGUUUUCUCCAAGAAUAUGUCUUAACCAAGUCCGACCUACAUUUACAGAUUUGCCUAUUGAUACCUUUUGUUUUAAUGAAACCAUUUUAUGUCAUCUAGAGAUUCAAUGGAGAAAUUUGCUAAAUGUCAGUUGGAUUGACUUUGAUGUCAAUGACACCAUUAAAUUUUUGACAACAGUCCUUAAUUAUGAAAAUGCUAUUAAGGAAAAGCCAUUUUAUUUUUUGGCAAAAACCGUAUUAGGACUUUUAAGCAUCCCAGUAAGUAAUGCUGGAAUAGUGUCGAACGUCUUUGCAAGGUCGAUAAAGACACCUAUAUUUGUGUUAUUUUCUUGGAUAUUUUUUGAGAACACUUUUAACAACAUAGUUUCUCUUAUAACUUACAGGGGGAGCCCACAUUCUUCAAAAUUUAAAAAAAUGCCUAUAUCUUUGAAACGACAAGAGAUAUCAGUUUGCCGUUUUGACAGGUCCAUAAGUUACCUUCUUUGCCGUCUUGUAAGCUGGUCACAGUUAUAG